AUCGCGGAGAGUCGCGGCGCUCCGGCGGCUGCAGAGCCCGGUGGAACCGAGCGGAGUUGAGGGGCAGAAGCUGCAGCAUCAUCAUGAUCAUCUUGGUCAUCGGUGGACAGGAGCGAGUUUCCGGAGCGUGAAUUUGUCAACUUCACACAGUGUCCCUAACAGCGCAGGACCCUCCAUGGAGAGGGAAGCUGUGCCCACGGGGGUCCCCAUGCACUCGUGGCAAUGUGCUGAUGCAAGGAGGAGGGCCUGGGCUCACAGCCGCGACUCCUGCCAGGUGUCCCACUCCCAGGGGGAAGUCCAGGAUGGGGGGGCCACAGAGGGGAAAACUCCCCUUGCAGAGGAGAUGGGUACAGGGCGGAUCCCAAGUAAGAUCGCCACCUGGCUGCAAGAGUGCAGGACUCCCCUGGGAUCAUCUCUAGAUGAGUCGAACCAGGGUCUGCCCAGAGGAACGGCGAGAAACGGGUGCAGCUUUGAGGAUGAUCUAUCACUGGGAGCCGAGGCCAACUACCUGCAGGCCAGCGGAACUGCGACUCUGUCACCGUGCAGCUUUGGUGGCCUGGCCAAGGAGAAAAGGAGUCAGUUUCAACAAAGGGCCUCAAGCAUGAACUCCACCGGGUCUGGAAGGAGCAACACCACGGUGUCCAGCAUCUCUGAGCUCCUGGACCUGUACGAGGAGGACCCCGAAGAAGUCCUCUACAACCUUGGCUUCGGCAUCGAGGAGCCCGACAUUGCCUCUAAAGUACCGGCUCGCUUCUUCAGCUCCGCCUCCAAUGCCAAGGGAAUUGACAUGAAGGUGUAUCUGGGAGCCCAGCUGAAGCGCAUGGAGCUAGAAAACCCUAGCUAUGCCCUGACCAGCCGCUUCCGGCAGAUCGAGGUUCUGACCACAGUGGCGAACGCCUUCAGCGUCCUCUACUCCCAGGUGUCGGGGGCUCCCGUGCAGCAAAUUGGCGGAGGGGGAUCCACAGAGUCCAGAGAGCCGCCGCCGUUGAGGAGGAACAACUCGGCCCUGAACGCGGCCAAGUUGCUGAAGAAGAGCCUCACGAGGCUCAGUUUGCAGAACCCGGCAGAGGAGGGAAGCCAGGCUCAGGUGGCCCCAACCCUGCCUAUAAGGAGCAGCUCUGCCCAAGAGCAGAGGCACCCGCCCUCUCUGGCCACUGUGACGGAGGAGGCCCUCCCCAGCAGGGUUGCUAUGGAGACGGAGGAGGAGCAGGGCAGGGAGCCCGACAGACUGCCAUCCACUGCUCUGGCCAGGGUGCGGUUGGCCCACAUGCUCCCGCAGAAGUGCGACUCAUUCGAGAUGGAAGAGGUACCGCCCACAGAGGUGCAGAGCCUCGAGGGUGAAGCACUGCUGCUGCCAGGAGGCGCUGCGAAGGCCCCCGGCGCAGACUUGCAGAGGAUGGCCAGCCAGCACUCAGACAGCAGCGGAUUUGCAGAGGACCCCCCUGCCGACGGCCUCGCCAGCCCCCUGAAGGUCCAGGACAGCGCCGACAGCUAUGACAGCGAUGCCACGGUGACAUCCGCCACGGUGGGUGAAGCAUCAGCCCUGGCUCUGCAUCACACCACCUUUCCAGGACUGGGGGACGAGGACAUUCUGACUGUGUCCCUUCUAGGAGACUCCCUCCCCCUGUAUCAGGAGGCUUUCUCAGGGAGUAGUAAUACCCACUGGAGCAUGGAACAGGUUAUUACCUUCAACCCCAACCAGACAGUAGACCCUGCUGAGGGUCAAGACUCUGGACCUAUCGCAGAGCCUGGUUCUACAGGUGACUCCUCCCAUACCGAUGAGUUGGGGCCUAUUGCAGAGCGUGGUUCCACAGCUGACUCCUCCCCUCCCAAGGAGCUCAGUUCUGACCCAGUUUGUGGUCCUGCUGUGAUGCAAGACUCCGGGUUUGAGGAGGUGCCCACCGAGCCCAUCCCUGCACGUGCAGUUACCAUUUCUCAGCCGGGGCUCCAGCGGGGCAGGAGGGUGUGGCUGAAGCCCCAGGACCUUCUUGUGCAGGGGCGACGGCAGAGGUUUCCACUCCAGAGGUCACAUUCCUUGCCCACCUCCCUCCUGGGUCCCACCUGUGUGGUUUCCUCCGUCCGCAUCCAGCUCCGUCCAGGCACCACCCGCUGCUGUACCCCACCCUCCUUCUCGUACCGCUACACCCCUGAGGACGAGGAAGCCUCAUCCGUCAGUGGAGAACAGGAAGGAGAGGAAGAAGAGCGAACAUCGUGCCGUUCUGUCCUCCUCGUUAACCGCCCCGCUGCUCCGGAGAGCGGCCCAAGUGUCAUGAUGCAGGAAGGGCGGUACCUUCCCGAGAGACGGCCUGCCCACCCUCUGCAUUUGCCUCCCUACCUGAGCUGUUCUGCCUCCUCACUACAGAGCAGCCCUCCAGAGUGGUCCCAGCGAGUGCCAGGCGAGCACAUGCGAGAUUGGAGUUCCUUCAGUGUGCCAAACUUGCAAGCGCACAGCGCCCCCAGCAGCUCGGUCUGUAACUGCCACAGCUCCACCCAACCCAAACAGUAUCCACUUCACAUCAGCCUCAACGCGCUCCCAGCCCAGCAAAUUGCUGCACAUAACAGCCAGCACGGCACCCCCUAUGUCAACAACCAACAACGCACCCCCCACAGCAGCAGUCUCCACAGUGUCCCCUACAGCUUCUCCUGCAGUAAUCUUCAGAGUGCCCCAUUCAACCCCCCCUGCGAUAACCUGCACGGCGCCCCCUGCAGCUCCUCUUGCAGUAACCUCCACAGCGUUCCCUCCAGCUGUCCUUGGAGCCAUGUCCAGAAUGUUCCACUUUCUGGCCCCCACCUCUGGGAAGACUCCACCUCACGGCGCAGCACUGAGCUGCAGCUGCAGGAGAUCCUGCAAGAGAUCCGGGCCUCAGUGCAGCACCUGUCCCAGUUAGGCUUGGAGGAGGCCAGUGUCCAGAGGCCACCGAUGUCCAUGACUCAGCUCAACGUCCAGGAGCUGCAGGCCACUAGGAGGGCCCUCUCUGCUUUCCGCAGCCACAUGACUGAGUUGGAGGUGGAUCUGGUCAGGCAGCAGGCCUUUGUGUACCAGCACCUCAGCGUGGAGGAGAGGCAGGAAGUGGUGCAGCUGCAGCAGCUGCGCAGUUCUGUCCGGCAGGAGCUGCAGGAGCUGGAGCUGCAGUUGGAGGGCCGUCUGCUUGCCCUGGAUGAACAUCUGCGUCCUUCUCACCACAUAGGCCUCUGCCGCCAUCGCCCUGCGAGUCUACAGUGGUGUCAGAGCACAGACAGCUUGUUCAGCACAUCAGCCGUCAAUGCAAUGGAGACAGUGUCUGAGCUCCUUAGAGAGCAAGUACACCUGAAGGAGGAGCUGGGUUUUGAAGGUGGGGUAAGUGCUGAUGCACCCCUUGGCUCCACCCUUUCUUCUCGGUCCACCAGUCCUUUGAGGCCUUCCAGGAACCUGAGUUUGACCCUGGAACCAUGCACCCAUGCUCCACCCCCAAAGAGGUUCUACUCUUCAGCACAGCCCCCAAUCUACCGGGCUUCCAUGUUCCUGACUCCUGUACCGCCACCCCGGUCGGGUCCGGCCGUGCCUGCAGGUGGCACGCUGGCCUUGGCCGCUACAGUGGACGGUCUUGAGCAGGGAGCGGUAGGAGGGGAUUCAACAGGCAGUGGCACCCUGGAGAUGCUCAUCAAGGAGAUCAAGGAGAGCAUCACAGUCCAAGUGCGCCAGGAGAUCGUCAAUGAGCUCUUGUCUGCAGUGUCUCCAAGAAGAUGUGCAAUGAUAGCAAGAAAGGACACAUCAUGAGCUUGCUGGAAUCCAUGUCUCCUUGACUCUCCUGAGUAUCUCUGUCUUCGUCUUCACACGUUGCUCAGAGCGCAGCCCAGGGACAUGUAGAAGCAGGUCCUUGUGAAGAUGUGUGAGAAGGAAGGAAAGGGCUGCAGUUUCUGCCUGUGCACUGAUUCAUGGGGGGAAACUGCUGUUGUACAAGCUGAGGGCUCAGUGCAGGAUGGUUUUUUUUUUUUUUUUUUUCCCCCUCUCCUCUCCUUUUUGGUUUGCGAGUUAUUCUUGAGGGGGGAAAUGUCCUUUACUCGGCUUUACAGUUGCAAGACCCAGUGAAGAACGGUCUUCCAGUGAAGGGGCACACGAUUUGCGCUGUCCUCUCCACGUCCACCUGCCCUGCCCUGCCCUGCUGUUUCAUGUCUGUCCACCUGUCUAGCAUCAUGUUUCAGAUCAUCUCUUGUCAUUAAUUAAUGAGAAACUUGGGCAUUUUUAAAUCUUUGAAGUAAUUCUGGUUGAGUCAUAUUUGCUGUAAUUUGGGUACCUUAGGGAAGAUGUAUAAAACAUA